AUGCCGGUGCGUCUGGCUGCUUCACCUCAGAAACCUUCUACACCCAAGGCUCCACAUCAAGGUCGAUUUGAGAAGGGGCGCAACGGUGGUUCGUCACCAAAGCGGGACAAUCAGAUCUGGCUUGAAAUCUUGCAUGCUUCGAAGGAAUCCCUGGGGUUGACCCGCUUCUCCUCAGCCCCAACCAGUCCCGCCCGUCCCGCUCACGUCAUGCGGCCUUGA